CAUGUUCUGCCAUAGUGCUGAUGAGAGGUUUGAUGCUACCUUCCAUACCAAUGUGUUGGUCAACUCCUCUGGGUCCUGCUCCUACUUGCCUCCAGGCAUAUUCAAGAGCACCUGCUACAUCGAUGUGCGCUGGUUCCCCUUUGAUCUCCAGAGGUGUGACCUGAAGUUUGGCUCCUGGACCUAUGGAGGCUGGUCUCUGGACCUACAGAUGAUGGAGGCAGAUAUCACAGGUUACAUCCCCAACGGAGAGUGGGACCUAGUGGAGGUGCCCGGGCGCAGGAACGAGCGCUUCUACGACUGCUGUAAGGAGCCUUACCCUGACGUAACCUUUACUGUGGUGAUGCGUAGACGUACCCUCUACUAUGGCCUCAACCUCCUCAUCCCCUGUGUUCUCAUCUCCACCUUGGCCCUACUCGUCUUCCUGCUGCCUGCUGACUCUGGGGAGAAGAUAUCACUGGGGAUAACAGUGCUGCUCUCACUGACCGUCUUCAUGUUGCUGGUUGCAGAGAUCAUGCCUGCAACCUCUGACUCAGUACCUUUAAUCGCUCAGUACUUUGCCACCACCAUGGUCAUUGUGGGUCUCUCUGUGAUUGCUACGGUUCUGGUCUUACAAUACCACCAUCACGAUCCCGAUGGAAGCAAGAUGCCUAAGUGGACUCGGGUGAUCCUGCUCAACUGGUGCGCCUGGUUCCUGCGUAUGAAGCGGCCCGGUGAGGACCGUGUACGCCCGGCCUGCCACAACAAGCAUCCCCGUGGGAGCCUCACCAGCAUGGACCUGAAUGCCAGCGCCUCGCCCGCAUCCACCAACGGCAACAUGCUGUACAUCGGCCUGGAGAGCAUGCACUAUGCUCCAGCCACCACCUCCCCCGACUCCGGGGUCCUGUGUGGCCGUCUGGUGUGUGGUGGGGGGGAGGACGAGGUGCUCUUGCCCACGCGGCCCACCUCCUCGGCGGGGAGCCUGGAGCCCGAUCUGGCCAAGAUCCUGGAUGAGGUGCGCUACAUCGCCGAGCGUUUCCGCGACCAUGACGAGGAUGAGUUGGUGUGCAACGAGUGGAAGUUUGCGGCGUCAGUGAUCGACCGGCUCUGUCUCAUGGCCUUCUCGCUCUUCACCAUCCUCUGCACGAUCGGUAUCCUCAUGUCGGCACCUAACUUUGUGGAAGCCAUUUCCAAAGACUUCUUUACCUAAGAGCUUGAAAUGUUCACAUGCUUUAUCCACUAAAUACACUACAUGGUUUUUGAAAUCUUACGGUUGCAUAAUCACAUUACAAAACACAUAGAUUACUUAUAUCAAAUGAUUGAAUCUUUGUCUGUGAUAUAGAGAUAGAACACAUUAUGUCUGCAUAAAUCUUCAAUUUACAAGAUGUACAGCUUUUUCACACUCAACUAUUUCCCUGCAGGACGCAGCAGGACAUCAUAUUAACAUUGGAUCUGGUGGAAAAUCAUGUUGUAUGUAACUGGCUUAAAGGAAUCUAGGCAUUAGAUGUUAUAACCAACCAACAAUGAAGAGUGAAUAGCCAUGCCUUGUAUAGCAUUAUAAAUACCAAGGUUACUUCAAUUGAAUCCAAUGUGUUUUUGUCCACUUGGGUAAUUGCUUAUUGGCUACCCUUUAUAACGCUCUCAGUUCAAAAUGGUUCAAUCGUUUUCUCUUAUGUGGUGUAAAGAACAAUUGCUGGAUACCUUCUGUUCAAGGUUUCUGUCAAAGUUAUGUUGGUUUUGUGUUUGUAGAUAGUGUGGCGGUAUCUAGUGUGUUGUUUUCUGUGAAUUGAAAAUAUCCAUCGCAAAAAUACCUUUUUGAGUUUUGGCAACUUUAUUGCAUCGUUAUUAUUAUUAUUAUGUCUACAAUAAUAAAA